AUGGCGUCUGUGUACAAUACCGGAAACAACUCUACGACACCGACUCAGAAUCGUGGAUUUGGCAACGAUGGAAACUCAAUCCCCAGAAACCAAGACGAAGGCAGCUGGAACGAUGCUGCUUCUCGCUCAACCCGCAACGGGCGCUCCGGCUCGGGUGGGAGCAGCUCUGUUAGCACUCGCGGAGGAGUGUCACUGGGCCCGUCAACAGCACAGCCGGGGAGCUUUAGUUCGGAGCUGAAGAGUAUGCAAACCUCCCGCAGCGUGACCCCUCGUCCCGACGUCGUAUCUCCGUUCCCGCGCCUGGGAAAUACCAUGGGUGAAGAUGAGCCUGCUGAAAAUUCCACCGAACAGCGCCAGGCUGCCAUUCGAGACAGGAUAGCCAAGGAAAUGAAGAUCAAAGUGGGCACGGAGAAUAUGCUGGAAGCCCUGCUGACCAAAAAUGCAAAACAAACGAGGGAUCAGAGGCUUAGGGUUGAGUCGGAGUUGAGUUCGUCGAAUAGGAAGCUUGCCCAACUUCGCCAUGAAUUGGAGGAGGAACUGCUUCGAUCGCAGGUCCCCUCAACCCCGCCACGAAGUCGGUUGUCUGCCUUAUUUCGUGGAAGCCCCAUGCGGUCCCCCUCGCGUGCCACGGACUCUGCUAGCGGGGAUAUUGAAGACAUGGAUGUAGAGACGGAAUCUCCUACGUAUGUUUUAGCUGAGACGUUACAGGCCUUGGAGUUUGAAGGCAUGGCGCCGGACUACUAUAUCGAGAGGGCAAACAGUUUGGUCGAAUUGUUCAAACGCCAUCCAACUUUAAAAUACGACCUGGAGUGGUCAGUGUUCGGUCAACGGGUUCAGAUGAUGCUGUUGAGCGAUAGCAAAGAGGUUGUGGCGGCAGGUUACCGCUUGACCCGGUAUGCCAUCGCCGACAGAGCUUCAAUAAGAACCAUUCGCCGGCUUCAUACAGAUGAACUGGUGAUUCUGUCAUUAGCAAAGGAAAGCAAGGCGAGCAUCGAAAGGGAGCAGGCUUUGAAAUUUGUCAGAGCUUUUCUGGACGUCAAAGACGGUGUCCACGAGAUUUCCCGUGCUGUAGUUCGGGCUGUGGUGUCUGUCGCCGAACACUAUGAGGACAGACUAAGAAAUAUAUCCAUCAUGACUCUGGCUGAGAUUCUGAUCAAAGAUCCAGGCCUGAUAUCAUACUCUGGAGGCAUUGCCCCCCUUCAUGAUGCCCUAGCUGAGGGAACAUUUAGCGCUUCUGAAAGUUUAAUAGGAAGCUUUUUGCACAUUAUGGACACUCCACAUAGGCGGAAAUAUCUUCAGGGAGGUCGUGAAUUAGAAGCAGUUCUCACUCCCUUUACUGACUCAUUCUCGGACACAAUGCGCUCCGGGCGCUUAAAGUGCUCAGCGAAAGCGAUCUCGGCAAUGCUAAAGACAUGGCCUGGUCUGCUGGUCCUUGCGCGCGACAAGAGGAAGCCGCUGCAAUCUCUUCUCGAAUCCCUCAACUAUCCUGACCCUCAAGCAAGAGAUCUGAUACUUGAGCUGCUUUUUGACGCCCUCCAGAUCAAGCCGCCUUCUUGGUCCUCGUCCUUUCUCGCUGGCAGGCGCUUAACAACGUAUGGCCGAGUGACCAACCUUCGCUCCGAGACGGACAGCAAGCAGUUGCGUAUCUAUCAGGAAAAUGAUAAAAAUCGAUUUGAUCUAACUGCACAUUUCUCGGCACUGGUGCUGGCGACUUUACUCGAGGCCAAUCUAGUCCAAGCUUUGUCUAGUGUCAUCGAAGUUGAGACAAAUCAGUCUCUGAAACGCAAGGCCACACUACUUCUGACAGAAGUUUUGAAGCUGGCCCAGCACUCCUUACCACAGUCCGUCAGCUUUAACCUACAGGUGCUGCCUGCUCUACUGCCUGCUGCCGUGAGGUUCGACGUUGAAAACCACGAAAUAUCUACCUCAACCAUCUACCAGAUCGAGAGCAUCAAUCGUAUUUUGGCGCGAUCUGGUUCGCUUACAAGCACGUCGGGACGAUAUGCCGUCGUCGACGAAGACAUAUCCGCAUCACUUCUAUCCGGAGAACCGGCCAAGAAUAGGCUGAACCCGGCCAUGGAUGAAGCCCAGUUCAGAAACCACAUCCUUGAUACCCAAGUUCUGAAUACCGUGAAUUAUGUCAAGUGGAAAUGGGAUUUGAUCCUUCGCAUUAUUGAAGGCCCUCUCACGAACCCGAAAAGACUAGAAGAAGCCAUCAAGGGCUCAAAGUUCAUGAAGCGUUUAGUGGGAUUCUAUCGGCCGUUCAAAUAUAGGUUUUGCAUGAUACCCAACUCAAAGCCGAAUCAGCGUUAUGUCCGCACAGGCUGUGCUUUGUUGCGCACAUUGAUGCAAACCCCAGAGGGGAUAAAGUAUCUUGCCGAAAACAAGUUGCUCCGCCAGAUUGCAGAGUGCCUUGCGCAAGUAGACCGUAUGAGUGGACUUACCUCUGCGUCACCUUUGUUCUCGAGAGAACAAAUGGCGAGUACGUUGAGCGGUGGCUACUUUGCUUUACUGGGGGUUUUGAGUAGUGACACCAUGGGCUUAUCAAUGAUGGAGCGAUGGCACAUGACGAACAUGUUCUACCAUAUCAUCGAACUCAAAGACCGGAGCGAUCUUAUCCAAGCUCUCCUUGGAAACAUGGAUUUUACAUUGGAGAGUCACCUUCGAGUGCUCUUGUCAAAGGCUCUCACUGCCGGCAUAAAAGAUAUUCGCCUCUUCGCGACGAAACUUCUACGUAAAUACGCUGUCGGCAACCAUCUGGCUGUCAACAAUGUCGUCUGGGUGGUCCGCAUGCUUGUGACUCAGCUGUACGACCCUGACAUUGCUGUCUGCGAAGUCGCCGUGAAGAUUCUCGAGGAAGCAUGCAACCAGCGCGAGUAUCUGGAGUAUGUCGUCAAAUGUCGACCAUCGCUCGACCAUCUUGGGGAGAUCGGUGCUCCGCUUCUCCUUCGAUUUCUUUCCACAUCUGUCGGUUACCAUUACCUCGACGGACUCGACUACAUCACGCAAGAAAUGGACGAUUGGUUUCUCGGGAGAAACGACGCCUACGUCGCGCUUGUCGAGGCAUCUCUUUCGCGUGCCUACGUAGACCAUCCUCGACGGCAACAGACGACAUCAUUUGCGCCCGACGACAUAGUCGAGAUGCAAGACAUUGGCGUCGUGCCACCUCAUUUCUACCGUGAACUAGCGCGAACUGCCGAAGGGUGCAAACUGCUCGAACAAUCGGGUCAUUUCCUUGAAUUUGCAAGCACCAUUCGAGACUUUGAUCUCAGCGAAGAAGACCCCGAGGCCCUCCUCAAGGUGAAAGGAUGUCUAUGGGCAGUGGGCAAUGUGGGCUCUAUGGAGCUAGGUGCGCCAUUCCUGGAAGAGACCGAAAUUGUGCAAAAUAUCGUCGAUAUUGCCGAGUCGGCUGAUGUGAUUACUAUGAGGGGCACGGCUUUCUUUGUCUUGGGACUCAUCUCGCGCAGUCAGCACGGGCUGGAGAUGGUUCAUGAAGCCGGCUGGGAUGCAGCUGUUGAUCAGCGCGGCGGGUCUCUGGGACUUUGUCUGCCGCGGCGUCUGGAUAAGCUAUACUAUAUCUCAUUCGUGCCCCAUACACGCAACCAAGAAGUAAAGCGCAUCUCACGGGAAAUAUUCAAAACUGCCUCUACCGACACCGACCCAAUCAACCAGCGCAUCCUGAAGCUGAUUAUUGAUAUGGGGAAUACCGUGCUGUCGAAGAGAUCCGCUAACGAGCUGCACACCAUCAAAGCCAAAAACCCAGAGCACUUCCGCAAAGUCCGACUUUUCCAAAAGACUCUUACCAUUCUUGAAAGUCAUCAUUUCCGUCUACCGGCUCGUCGGUUUGCAUUGGACUUGUUUGACAAGAGUGUAAUGAGGCGGGUGGUUCAAGAAGAAGACGAGGAGGAGGAGGAGGAAGAGGAAGAAUUACAGGAAGACGAGUCAGAAGAAGACCGUAACGGGUCAUAUUCGGACUCCGAUUGA